UUCCUUCCACUUCUCUCAUUUCUCGGAACAACAAUUUUUGAUUUGACAUUUCGAACGCCUAGUUCAUAGUCACCAGGGAAAUUGGGGACUUGCGUUACCAGCCAAGCUUUCAUAAUCUCAACUCCGUUACUUUUCAUCUUUCCGUCUGCUUCUACUGUCAGAGCGUUAAAAGAAUUCCCGAAUCUGGUUAAUUCUAAGAAACUUCUUCCGGUAUUUGUUGUUGUAAUGAAUUCGAAUUGGUCAGAACUUUCUUCUUUCAAAAAGUAUUUUAAUUUUGAAAUAAGCUCUUCGUAUUCAUUAUGUUUCUGUCUAAUGUAAGGAGGUGGAAGCCAGAUUACGUGAAUGUGUGUAAAUCUUUCAAGAAGUUGUUUCAGGCGCCUAGCCUCUUCCAUUAAUUGUUCAACUGUUUCUCCGCCUAGGAGUGCAUCUCUUCCUAACAUUACAAUUACAGUUUCAACUUCCGACGAAAGCACAACUUCAUUAAAUUUCCUUAUUACUUCAUUUAAUUGUCCCCCUUCUUUUCCAAGAAAAUAA